UGAAAGCCUGGGGAAUAGAGUGUACCUGGGAGAGGCCUGAGUGAGUGAGUGAAUAAAUGACAGAACGGAAACAGAAGGAAGCUCGAGUCCUCUGAAGCAGGCGGUCGACGUGAAUCGAGGGAAAAACCAUGGCUGUUAACAAGUGUAUCAAAUACCUUCUCUUCUUCUUCAACCUUCUUUUUUGGCUGAGCGGUUGCCUCAUCCUAGCCGUCUCCAUCUACCUGAGAGUCAGCAAGGGUGGAAACCAGAUCACUGAUCAGUACUUCCCUGCAGUCAACCUGAUGAUUGCCAUCGGCACGAUCAUCAUGGUUCUCGGCUUCCUGGGCUGCUGUGGAGCCUACAGAGAGAGCCGCUGCAUGUUGCUGCUGUUCUUCAUCUUCCUUCUCAUCAUCUUCAUCCUCCUGGUGGCAGCAGGCAUCGCAGGAGCUGUGAGCCAGAAUAAGAUGGAAGACUGGGUGAACAAGCAGUUGAAAGAUAUGUUGCCACUUGCAAAACAACCUGACACGGUGAAAAGUGACCUGAAGAAUCUGCAGAAAGAUCUCAAGUGUUGUGGUCUUGUGAACGGAAAGACAGACUGGUCUCCAGAUCCAUUCCCAGAAUCCUGUCGCUGCAACGUCACCAACAGUCCCACCCCUGUCCCCGGUGCUGAGUGUGGCUCAGAAGGUUACUACAGCACGCCCUGCUCCACCCGAAUCGUCAACCUGAUGAAGGAGAAUAUGGUGAUAGUGCUGGGAAUUGCCUUCGGCAUCGCCGUCCUGCUGAUUUUCGGCUUGGCUUUCUCCAUGGCUCUCUACUGUCAGAUCAGCAAGAAGGACGGACCUACCACCAACGCCUGAGGCACCAUCAUCUCUGCCCAAAUGUAACCACAAUAUAUCCUCUGCUAAUCUAACUCAUCCUGUGCUUUCACUGUGAAGAAGCGCACUGAGAUUAAAGCCUCUUAUACACUAGUAUGGAGUCCCAAUGGUUACCAAAAAAUACACUCUAUAUAAUCUGUAUUUUGUGUAAAAGGCAUUAUGUUACCUGAAAUGAUAAAAUAGUUUGUGUCUGAGAAGCAGGCAGCUUUAGAAAUUACCCAGUAAAUGCAAAGUAAAUAACUGUAAUAUAAUUAACUGGUGUUGAUUUAGAAUUUCCCAAACCUUUAACUGUUAUGAGUAUGUUGGUUAUGAUUUGAUUGUGUAUUUGACGAUGUACGGAAGCCAAUUUAAGCCAAAAAUAUUUAGUCAAUAGCCAAGUUGGUGCACAAAAUAAAAAUUAGUUUCUCAUGUUCUCUUAAAAGUGACUUUUUGCUUGUUUGUCACGUUUCCUUUUUUUUUUUUUUUUUUUUAAACUUUUGAAAAUGUCAAUCUGGUUUAUAUGGUUUAUUUUAUUUUUUUUUAAGGUAAGUGUAUAGUCUGGAUUUUUCAUUUUAGUUUUUGUCUGUUUUUUUAUAAUCAUAUUUCUGGUUGUAACUGGCUUCCAUAUUAUUUAUAUUCUUUUGUUUGUGUUUGUUUGUUUGUUUUUUUUUUUUGUUUUUUUUUUUGAAAAUUAUUGCAAAGACAAUCCUCAGGAAGUUGAAAUUGUUCUAACAUACCUCUCAGUAAAUCUCGCACUCAAUCAUGGUUAUUAUUGAUAUAAAAGUUGUUUCUUCUUUCUCCUGUUAAAAAACUUUCACUGGGUAAUAAGGCAUGGUGGGAUUUAGGUUUGGUUUUUGGUUUUUUUUGGUUUUUUUUGUUUUUUUUGCGCGGGGGGUGUCUUGUUUGUUUUUAUAUCAAAUGUCAAGCUUCUCAAGUGUUCCAACAUUUGCUUAAUUUGCUUCAUUUAUUUUGUAGUCCAUUUUAGGAAAGAUGUUUAAAAAAACAAAACAAAAAUAAAUUCAGCCAACUAAAUAAAACUUUCACGUAUCCCAUAAUUAUUAAGAAAAACUGAAUCCCGAGAAUUUACAAGUUUUUGUUUUGUUUUCCCAUGGAAGCAUGAACGUCAAAAAAAAAUGUGAUUGAUUUUUUUUUUUUUUAAAACCAAAGAUUAAUGUCCUCAGGCCUGAGGAUGCUCAGUGUUUGCCUGGAUGAAUCUGCUUUGUUCCUGAUGCUGUUUAAAGUGGUUUUAAUCACUAUAUCACCUGUCAAACACAAUUUAAAAUAAAUAACAAUUUAAACAAAUCAAGAAGGGAAAUUCAGAUUGAAGAUAAAUGUUCUUCUCAUGGGCCAUAUACAAUCUAACCAAAGGUAAGUUUGUUUGUUUUUUGUUUUAUUUUUUAUUUUUGUCAUGAGUUUGAGUUUUAUGGUAGUACCAGCUGAUUUGCUUUAAUUGUAUUCAAGAAAUGCAGAACAUUUUACUGUGACAGGAAGUGGCCUGUUUCCGCACACUGCUCACAUUUCCUUCCUUCACUUCCUUCUCAUUAUAAUUGCAAGGAACAGAAACCUUCCUAAUGUGUUUUUACUUUUACUCACUCUAAUCAACUAUCAGAUGGAGAGAUCAAAGUGAGUUAAUGAUGGACUUGAUCUGAGAAAGAAAAUUCUAAUAUAUUAAACCAUUUUUAUUAAUAUCAUUA